AUGUCUACAAACACCAUAAAAGUUUUAGAAAGAAAAAACACGGAACUAAUACACAAAAACAACAAUCUGGAAUUGAGGGUAGGUGCAUUGGAGCAGCGUUUCCAUGAGAUGGAACAGGAGAAACUUUCUAAUUUUAUAGAAAUAGCAAACGUCCCCCCUGCGAGUGAAGAGAAUGUGAGAAAAUUAGUUGAAAAUGUAGCAUUAAAACUUAAACAGCCCUUCGACAGUAUCCGUAACACAAUGAGAUACCAAGGUAAAAACGACCAACCGGGCAUUAUACAAGUAAAACUUAAUGAUAAAGCAACCCAAGAAAAGUGGAUUAAAGCUGCAAAAACCAUUAAAACUAUGGUGGCCGAUGUUUGCCCCUAUGAACCCAACAAUAACAAAAUAGUAUUCAUCAGGGAAGCAAUGACUAAACACAACAAAAGCGUUUUAUGGGAAGCCAAACAGGAAUUAAAGAAUAAACAAGGAUAUAAAUACGUAUGGGUUAAAAACGGUAUGGUGCGUGCAAGAAAGGAUGAAAACACUAAAAUACAAAACCUAAGAUCAGUGUUGGAUAUACAAGUGCUAAAAAAAAGACAGAAUGCCAAUUAACUGACCAAUUUAAAUGCAUAUAAAUUAUUAUUAUUAAGAUGGAUAGUUUAACUAGUGAUAUUUGUGAAUUAGAAGACUGUAUAAACAUAAGUGAUUUUGUGAGUAAAAUUCCCAGUAGACAUUUAAAUCUAUUGUGUGUACACAUAAACAUAAGGUCAAUCAUAAAAUACUUUGAUAGUCUUGAGCAAUGUAUUUAUGCGGCUGCCGCUG